CUCUUCCUGAGAAAUGAGCAAACCUGAAAGCUGGUCUCUGAGCUUCAGAGGGGAAAAAUGGUUGUAGAUGUCCGGACUUGGGAGCAGACAUUUCAAGAACUAAUCCAAGAGGCAAAACCCUGGACCACAUGGACACUGAAGUUGGAUGGAAACCUUCAGCUAGACUGCCUGGCUCAAGGGUGGAAGCAGUAUCAACAGAGAGCAUUUGGCUGGUUCCGGUGUUCCUCCUGCCAGCGAAGUUGGGCUUCCGCCCAAGUGCAGAUUCUGUGCCACAUGUAUUGGGCGCACUGGACAUCCCAGGGCCAGGUGCGUGUGCGGCUCUUUGGCCAAAGGUGCCAGAAGUGCUCCUGGUCCCAAUAUGAGAUGCCUGAGUUCUCCUCGGACAGCACCACGAGGAUUCUGAGCAACCUGGUGCAUCAUAUACUGAAGAAAUACUAUGGAAAUGGCACAAGGAAGUCUCCAGAAAUGCCAGUAAUCCUGGAAGUUUCCCUGGAAGGAUCCCAUGACACAGCCAAUUGUGAGGCAUGCACUCUGGGCAUCUGUGGACAGGGCUUAAAAAGCUACAUGACAAAGCCAUCCAAAUCCCUACUCUCCCACCUAAAGACUGGGAAUUCCUCACCUGGAAUUGGUGCUGUGUACACCCCAAACCAAGCCAAGAACCAAUCAGCUGAGGCAAAAGAGGCUAAGGGGAGUGGGUAUGCGAAAUUAGGGCCCAGUCGAGACCCAGAUCCAUUGAACAUCUGUGUCUUUAUUUUGCUGCUUGUAUUUAUUGUAGUCAAAUGCUUUACAGCAGAAUGAUGAAAAUAGGCUUGCUACCUUUUCUUGUUUUAAUUCCAUGGUAGUCCAUGAACUGGCUGCCACUUUAAUAUAACUGAGAAUUCACUUUGAGACCAAGCAGGAUCAAGUUUGUAGAAUAAACACUGGUUUCCUAGCUAUCCUCUGAAAACAGUGUAAAACAUGACCAAGUACAUAAUGGAUUUAGUAGUAAAUAUUGUCGAAUUGCUAAAAAGUCUUCAAUCAUUCAUUCACUAAGUCAUUCAGUGAUAUCAAUAUACAUAGCUCAGAAAGUGUGGGAGGCUGAAUAAUGGUCUCUCCCAACAUAUGCAUGUCUUAAUACCCAGAACCUAUAAACACGUUACUUUACAUGGUAGAAUGGACUUUGCGGAUGUAAUUAAGGACCUUGAAAUGGGUAGAUUAUUUCAUAUUGUCCAGGUGGAUAAGAAGCAGGUUUUAUAACAGGGAGGCAACAAGGUCAAAAUCAGAAAAAGGAGAUUUGUCAAUGGAACAAGAGGUUGAAGUGCUUUGAAGUUGGAGGAAGAGGUCACAGACAAAAGAGUACAGGCAGCCUUUAGAAACCCGAAAGGACAAAGAAACAGAUUCUCUCCUGGAGUCUCCAGAAGGAACCAGCCCUGCCUGCACAUGACUUUAGCCCAGUGACACUGAUUUUGGACAUCUGACCUUCAGAACUGCUUGCUCGUAAACUUGUCUUGUUUUAAUGCACUAACUUUGUGGUAAUUUAUUAGAGAAGCAAUAAGAAAUGAAUAUAGUUAUCAAUAUUACAGUAUGAAUCAGGGAAUUAUGUUUUAGGUAUGCUUCAGGUUUGAUAGAAAAAAGAGCACUUUAUACAUUAGAAAUACCAGUCAGCCCCAUCUCCUCUUGUUCUUCUUUCUCCCCUACUUAAACCCACUCAAAUAUCUCCAUCUCAAAGAGAUUCCCUUUGAUUUGAUGAUCCUUGGAGCUAUCAUAUUCUCACUUCUUUCAGCAUUGGAUUGGGAAUCACAGAAGAACUUGCCAAUCCUGAGAUCCUUUGAUGCAUCCUUCACCUCCUAUUUUCAUCUGUCUGCUAGGCAUUUCUGUGUGGCUGUCAUGUUUAAAGCCAAGCUCAACACCUCUGACUUUCCUGUUUUAAAUCCCCCAAGUCACCCAAACUUAUCACCUCAGAGUCAUCUUCAACCUCUCCUGAUCAGCAACACUUAUUUGCUUCUUUUGUCAAUUUCCUCCCAUCUCUUCCUUCUACUUUUCCUUGUCAUCCUCUCUCCUCACCUAGUUCAAAAUUAUUGAAAAACGAGAGGAUUUGGACUUUAUCCCAUAGGCAAUGUGGAGUCAUUGCAAGCAUUUGAGGAUAUGGGCAAUUUGAGUAGAACCACAUUUUUAAAAUACCAUCUAUUUUUGGGAAAGAAUGGAGUACAGAAUAGAAAUAGUGAGAAGUCUGCCUUGCAAUAGAACAGUGGGAAACACAGAAAGAGGGUCCUGUAAACAAUAAAUAUCUGGAAAGAAUUUGAAGACAAAUAUAAGAGACCAAAAGACCUAAGGAUGAAAAUAUCUCCCUCCUUUCUGGCCAUCUCUUCAUUUUAUUUCAGGAUGCCCCUACCAGUGCUCUGUCUGUAUACAUACCCCCUCCCCAAACCAAACCACACUAUUGAAUUCCUGAAUUCCUCCGGUUUUCCUACCUCUCUGUUUUUUUCACAAAGAACACUGGCCUGGGGAUCUACAUGAAAAUAUUAUUUAUAGCCUAGUAACGCUGUAUGACCUCAGCAAGUCAUAAUCCCUUCCAGGGCCUUAGUUUCUCCAUCUAUAAAAUAGGUGGGGGUAAAACAUGGAGGGUUGAUCACAUGUAUUUACCUCUGAUCUCUCUUGAAACCACAAUGAGUGACAGCAAAAGGAAAUAAAGGCAUCAAUAGAGAAGGGCAAGGAGAAUGGGUAGAAGAUAGAACACUGAUGGACUAGUGGCAGGUAACUGACUUAGCAGAGUAAGGUGAGCCAGAAUAUAAGUUUAGUGUGGAAAAACCAAGAUGUGAUUCUUGUUGCACAAUUCCAAAAAAGCUCCAGACUGUAGGAUGAAGUAGCUCUGAAAGUGGGCACUGGGAAGGCAAAAGUGGGAGUGUUGGCUGAAAGACUAUACCAAGUUUCUUUCCCCUCUCCGAGGCAGCCUCGUAACCACACUUUACCCAACUGAGGGAGAAGAAUGGAGGCUGCUUCUCUGAAGACAUUUCUCAUAGGGACUAUGGCUCAGGGAAAUCCUUAAGAGAAGAGGAGCCACAAGCAAUCAAAAAGACCAUGGACGUUCACAUACUGAAUAAUGAGACCCUCUUACCCCACUAUCAGCCCUUGGAGCCAUUUUAUAACCUACCUGCCCAUCCCUCAUAGACACAGAACAACGGAGGACUCCUUUUCUAGAAAAAUGGAUCUGCUCAAAAUAAAAUACUUAUACUGAAAGGGGGUGGGGGCUUCAAUUCUGAUAACCUCAGAGUGAACUCAUCGGAUGGAAUCUCCUCCACCAGAGCUUGCAGGUGGCUUUUUAAGGUCUCAUAUUUGCACCUUAAAUAUGACUGGACGGACUGCCAAGGGAUUCUCAAAUGUUUGAUAAAGUCCCCUAAUACAAAGGCAAAGAAGAAAAAAGGUUAAAACAAAAAAGACUCUGAAGAAAUAGAGAUGAUUACAGGAUAAGAAAACCAAAAAAAUAUUUAAAAAGUAAAACUAUUAUACCUCAGUGAGGUAAGAGAAGGUAUAAUAUUCAUUAGACAAGAAUUAGACAUCAUCCUUUGGGAUAACCCUAGGUGAGACAGCUACCUUUGGCUGGAAUCAGAUCUGUGGUAGAGUCUCAGCUACAAGCAUCCAAUAGGCAAUGUUCCCAAAAGCCUGGACAAUGAGCACCUUAGUCCUCAAGGAAGUGAUGUGAGUGGUGCACCACAGCCUCCACUAUAAUCCACAUCUUGCAAAAGUCAAAUCUACUUGUUUUGUAUAAAAAAGUCUACAUCUGGGGAAAGGUCUUCCAGGAUUCUUUUCUGGCAGAAACAUACAAGAGGAAGGUUAGUGGAUAAACUUAGCCCCUACCACUGCAUCUGGUCUUGGGACAGCAGUUGUACACCCAUUAUCUCUUUUUUCUACCUCCAGUUCUUGAUUCUCCUUAUCCUAACACCUCUGCUGGUUUAGGUGGCUUACCUAUAAGGCUAUCCAAACGCUUAUCCUGAGGACUGUGAGCUCUGGGUCACGAGGUCCUUCUCAGUCUGUGGCUUCUUCAUUUGUCCAUCUAUUAAAUAUUAUCAAACUUAGGGAAAUACCAAAUGAUGCGCCAGUGAAUCACUUGGGUGCCAAACAUAUUCUUCCCACACCCGUUGUUUAAUAGUAGUCCUAUUUCCCUCUGAUGAUCAGGAAUAUAACUCUUUUUUGUUUAAGCUUUUAUUUUAGGUUCAAGGGUCUAUGUGCAGGUUUGUCAUAUAGGUAAAUUUGUGUCAUGGGGGUUUGUUAUACAGAUUAUUUCCUCACCCAGGUAUUAAGCCCAGUAUCCAUUACUUAUUUUUCCUGAUCCUCUCCCUCUUCCCACCC